AAAAACAUGGCGACUCUUGUGGAAGAAGUCUGUCCUUCAGUGGAAGCCCUUACUCGAAGGGAAGAUGCCGCCUCUUUUCCCUGUCCUACAGAGGGGUGUUCCAGAGAGUUUCAGAAUCGUCCAUGCCUUAGGAUGCACCUGAUCAAGACUCAUGGCAUCGCGCCGAAUGGCAAAGAAAAGAAGCUUUUUACUCGUGGUCAGGGAAAGAGUCAAGUUGAAAAGCAUUUUUACUGUCCGGUUCAACAUUGUGUGCGAGGACAAGGUACUAAGAGACCCUUCCCUCGAAUGUCUCAGCUGAAACAGCAUUACAUGACAGUACAUGCAGAGAAAACAAAUGUUUGCAGUAAAUGUGGUAAGGGCUUUGGUUUGCCUGAGGCUUGUAAACGGCAUGAAGUCAAGUGUGGGCAGUUGUUUACUUGUUCAUGUGGGUGCCCUUACACCACAAUGGAAGCACUUCUCACCCAUGCACGGCGUCAGAUGCACAAAGUUCCGGAAGAAUACAAAACUAAGGCAGCAAGUGCAAAAUCUUCAGGGCCUGCACCAGCAUUUGCUGUACUUGUUGUUAAACCUGCAACCUCGAUACCAUGUGUAAGAAUCGACUCUGGAAAGAAACAUGGUCCUGGAAAUCAGACAGCAAAACUUCAGCCAAUCCUUCCCAAACCUGGCCCAGUCACAAACUUAGAAACUGGUAGAGGCUCUUGCAGUUCUUCAAGGAAAAGAGCAGUCAACAAGUCUGUGCAAACACAGCCUCCUUAUGAUGUGCACAGUAUGUGUACUCAAACACCCAGUCGCCCAGUGAAUAUGGAUCAGGGAUGUGAUUCAUACACACAAACUCCUCCACCAAUUGCAAGCCAACAGUUUCAGUUCAACAACGUGGAUGGGAACCUUGGUAUUGGUUUCAACAACCAAUCUUCGGUUGGGACUCAAGUUGCAAUGUUGACAAACCACUGCGACUUUGGUGUUGGCACUGAUGAGAGUUUCUUGGCACAAUUAGGCUUGGGUGGCAGUAGAAGUAGUCAACCGUUUGGGUUUGCAGAAAGAAUUCCACAAGAUUCCCAGGUUCAACCUCUUCCUCCCUUUAGUUCUUUUGUUACAGGGCAACAAAGACCAGGGUUUGUUUCCACAAAUGAAAACUCAAUGCAGACUCUUACCAUUGACCCACUGUGUUUGAAUAUCCAAACACAGACAAAUAUUACAAGCUCAGACUUUGGUCUUUGUGACCUCCGACCAUUAACUAGCUCACAAACUCAGACUAGUGGCUUAGAGCAAGUUCCUUUAGAGGAUAAUGAAACACAGACAUUAAUUUCCCUGCUGGGUAUUGAUGCAAAUAGCUCUAUUGAUUCUGGCACACAAACUCAAAACCUUCUCAAUGAUUUAUUUGACUCUCAAGACAUUGAGCUGACAGAAUCGCAGACUCAAACAUGGUUUAAUGACUACUCCACAGUCACUUCACCAGCUCUUGAAAACAGUGGACAAGAGUUUGUGUACAAAACACUUGAAGACUUGGUAGACAUACACACUCAAACAUCCAUAGUAAUGUCUGACUUUACUGAGCUGGCUGAUGACACUGUUCUUGCAAAUUCACAAACUCAAACCCUGCAGAGUGACUUGGGUUGUUCAAGUCUGUUGUCAUCCAGUGUCCAGACAGAUUCACGCUGCUCACACGCAUCACGAACGUUUGAACAGUUUGGCAGUGGUUCAGUCACCUCCACAGGUUGUCAAACACAAACCUGUUCAAGUGUUGUUGAUCACAACUGUCCUACAUCCAGUGUUGAAACUCAGACAUAGUGGUUUGUAGCAUUCCUAAAAAAUGCAAUAAACAUUGCAAAAUAAAAUAGAUGUAACUCUAUGGGUUGCAUUAUUUAUCUUUCAA